GCAGCAGGUCGGUCAACUGAUCCACUCUCAUACACGGCGGCUGCAUAUGUAGCACCAUCUCCGAAGAUGCUGGACACGUCUCUUCGCGCUAACCUUCGCCAUGGCGUCUCACCCUGUCGCAGAGUUUACCUCGCCUUCAGCAUGGGCUAUGGUCGAGGACAAGUUCUCACCGUUCGCGAAGGAGACCCUAGCGAAGCUCAUCACCUUCGUUCAUGACGAGGUUCUGCCUGCACAGAAGGUUGCCCACGCGCAGCUGCCUGCUGACUCAGAGAAGAGGUGGAAGACCGUGAUCCCCAUUGUCGCAGAACUCAAGGCCAAGGCGCGCAAGCUCGGCCUAUGGAACCUCUUCUUGGGCAAGGCGCACUACCCUGAAUACGGCGUUCCGCUCACCAAUCUCGAGUAUGCACUCAUGGCGGAGAUUCUGGGGCGUGGCGGACAGAUGGCUUCGGAGGCCGUAAAUUGCUCAGCCCCUGACACGGGGAAUAUGGAGGUCCUCGCACGAUAUGGGUCGCCAGAGCAACAGAAGAAAUGGCUGGUUCCAUUGUUGAACGGCGAGACCCGUUCUGCUUUCUCAAUGACCGAGAGGUUUGUCGCCUCCUCGGACGCAACCAACAUCCGCACCACCAUUCGCCGAGAGGGUAACGAGAUAGUCAUUAGCGGACACAAGUGGUACAUCAGCGGUGCUGGAGACCCUCGCUGUGCAUUGCACCUCGUCCUGGGCAAGAGCGACCCGGACAACUCUGACAAGUAUCGUCAGCAAAGCAUUGUCAUUGUACCUGCCAAUGCGCCCGGUGUCAAGGUCGUUCGUCCCAUGGGCGUCUUUGGGUAUGAUGACGCACCCGAGGGCCAUUGCGAGAUUAUCUACGAGAAUGUCCGCGUCCCUGUCAGCAAUCUCGUCCUGGGUUGGGGCAAAGGCUUCGAGAUCAUCCAAGGGCGUCUAGGCCCUGGUCGCAUUCAUCAUUGCAUGCGCUCCAUUGGAUGUGCCCAGUACGCAUUGGACCUCAUGAUCCAACGUGUCACCGAUCCCGCCAAGAAGACUUUCGGCAAGUACUUGUACGAGCACGGCACCGUUGUCUCCGAAAUUGCUCACUGUCGUGCCGAGAUUGAGUCCGCCAGGCUCCUUGUUUUGAGCGCUGCUCUCCAGGUCGACAAAGUCAAAGCCAAGGGCGCCCUCAAGGAGAUUGGUAUUGCUAAAUUUGUGGUGCCUUCAAUGGCCCUCAAAGUGGUGGACACCGCCAUGCAAGCCUUUGGUGCGGAGGGCAUCAGUCAGGACACGCCGCUCGCCCAGAUGUGGGCACAGCUCAGGACACUUCGUAUUGCCGAUGGUCCCGACGCCGUCCACAUUCAGCAGAUCGGACAGCGAGAACUGAAGCGUGCCCCUGCGCUCGCAAAUCGCACCGCAGAGAUCAAGAAAAGGGAGAAGAGGCUCCUUGAGCAGAACAACAUCAAGGCAUCAUUGUAGCUUGUUUGUAACUCGCAUGACUCGACGUGAUAUUGCAUGAGCUCUGCUCGCUGUGUAUGUAGCUACCAAAGUCUCGCAGAGAUGCGGUCUCUCAAUGCAUCGCACUACUAUUCUGUCACGCCUUGUGCAGAGUAGACAUGCUCCGCUCAACAGUGUUCCUGCCCGGAUUUGUGUCUGACCACACUGUACAAACUGUCGCGG